AUGAGUCCGGUUCGGUGUCUCCUGCUCCUGGUUCUGGUUCUGGUUCUGCGCCCCGCGGAGCUCCGGCGGCUCCGGUCCGAGCCGGAGGAUGCGUCCGUGUCCCCGGAGAGGGGCUCCGUGGAGCGGGUCGCCCGAGGAGCCAAAGGCGGCGGCGGGUCCCGGAGGAGGGAGCCUCCGCCGCCGCCCGGCAGCCUCGACGACCCGGCCGGGUACUUCACCACCCCGCGGGCCGCCCGGCGCACCGCCGCCCCGCCGGGGAACGGCUCCUCGGCCGGGGCUCCGGGGCUCCUGAACCCGCUGUUCCCGGUGACCGACGGCUCGUACCUGGCCUACACCGUCAUGCUGCUGGCGCUCGUGCUGUUCGCCGCCGGCAUCGUGGGCAACCUCGCGCUCAUGUGCAUCGUGUGGCACAGCUUCUACCUGAAGAGCGCGUGGAACUGCGUGCUCGCGGGCCUGGCCUUCUGGGACUUCCUCGUGCUCUUCUUCUGCCUGCCGGUGGUCGUGUUCCACGAGCUCACCUUGAAGCGGUUGCUAGGAGACCUGUCCUGCAGGCUCGUGCCCUACCUGGAGGUGACCUCUCUGGGCGUGGCCACCUUCAGCCUCUGCGCUCUGAGCAUCGAUCGCUUCCACGCCGCCACCGGUCCUGGACCCCACCAGACGCCGAAGGUGGAGCCCUGCCAGUCCAUCCUGUCCAAGCUGGCCGUGAUCUUUGUGGGCUCCAUGGUGCUGGCGGCUCCGGAGCUGCUGCUGUGGCAGCUGCUGCAGGAGACCGUCAGCCUGCCGGCGCUGCCCACCGAGCUGCAGCAGAACCAGGCCUCCGGCUCGCUCAUGGCCGCCUUCAGAACCCGGACCGACGCCUUUAAGGUGGACGUCUGCGUCCGCGAGCCCUCGGCCGAACUCCCGGAGAGCAUCUACUCCCUGGUGCUGACCUACCACGAGGCCCGCAUGUGGUGGUUCUUCGGCUGCUACCUCUGCCUGCCGCUGCUCUUCACGCUGGCCUGCGACUUGGUGACGCGACACGUGUUGGCGCAGCGGCUACCGGCCGGCAGCGAGAAGGUGACGGUGCGAUGCUCCUCCUCCUCGUCCUCAUCCUCCACAUCGACGAAGAAGAAGCAGCACGUGAGGCAGCAGCGACUCCGCUCCACCGUCAUGGCGCUCACCGCCCUGUACGUGGCCUGCAACCUCCCGGAGAGCGUCUGUCACAUCACGCUGGCGUACCUCUCCGUCCCGGUGACGGCCGCCCUGCCGGCUCUGACUCUGCCAGCGCUGGGCCUCAUCGGGCAGUUCCUGCUGUUCGUGCGUUGCUCUGCGACGCCGGUGCUGCUGCUGUGUUUGUGCCGCUCGCUGGGCCAGGCCUUCAUGGACUGCUGCUGCUGCUGCUGCGAGGAGUGCCUCCCCGACGGAAACUCCUCCUCGUCCUCCUCCGCCUCCACCGCCGCCACCUCCACGCUCUCCUCGCCCACCUCGCCCUCGCCGACCUCGCUGUCGCCGUCCAGCAAAGAAGAGGCACUGAAGAGCGUGUUGACAGAAGCAGCAGUGUUCGACAGAACGAAAGACUCUUCAGCAACGAUCGGGACGCCGUGCUGAUCCAGAACUGUUAAAACUCAUCACAGGGUUUAUUACAACUGGGUUUCAUUUUGGUAAUUUUGUCCAACUUUGCUCUAAACUAGCACAAACAGGUGAGGGUACUUUAGAAAGUUCUCAGCCUCACCAGAAAACGUCACAGGAGGAAGAUUGUUCCUGCAGUUUAUCAACAAAGUCUCCUUUAACUUCAGUCCACUUGGUC